AACUCAGCCCAUCAUGCUCCCUUUUACACUUCUGACCUGGUUUCAACAAAUCUCUUUAUUGACGAAACUGUUUGCUGAAGCGGGUUCAAGCUCACUUACUCGUUACGUACUCAUACUCUCGUUUUGUGCUUGCGAGAUUUUCAUCAGUAUCAAAUCAUCAUCAACAUGCAAGUGCUAGCUCCUGCGUUACUCGUACUUUUGGGUCUUGCCAUCCAAAUUCAAGCUAAUUUAGUGGUUAUUGGUGGUUCCCCCGAUGCUGCCCAAUUCUUAAGCUCGGUGGAAAUCGUCACACCAACUGGAUCAUGUGCCGGCAAUAUCCCAGACUUUCCUGUUCCCAUUCAUAGCCUCGUGGGUACUUUCUUGGAAUCGUCUCAAGAGAUCAUGGCUUGCGGUGGGAUGGUAGAAGGCAACGAAUUGCCUCAAACAGGAGAUUGUUACAAGUACAAUUUUGAACUCCAGCAAUGGUCGCCGUCCGAGCCCUUGCUUUCCCCCCGAAGCUCUUCUACCAUUGCGAAAGCCAACGGAAAAAUCUAUGUUAUUGGAGGAGAGCAAGGAUCUUAUGUUUUGGACACGGUCGAAUCUUACGAUGAGACGAGUGAGACUUGGAGUGAAGAGAUUGCCAUCCCUGCUAAACUGAAAAACCCUUGUGCCGUGGGUCUAUCGGACGGUCGGAUUCUACUUUCCGGUGGCUCUGGCGGCACUCCCAAUGGAGCGUUUCUGUAUCAUCCCGAGUCCAACGAAUGGGAAGCCACUCAACCGUCGACUUUUGGCCGAGCCGAUCAUAGUUGCAUGCUUUACAAUUAUGAAGGAUCUGAGGGAGUUCUGAUUGCUGCGGGACAAAGCACACCUUUGGCUACGAAUCAAGUAGAGUUCUUUGACCCGUCAACGUCCGAGUGGACCACUUUGGAACCAAUGCUGGGGACGCGAUUCGGUCAAGAGAUGGGUAAUCUAGAAGCCCUUCCCACUGUAAUCGGAGGCUAUUUCAAUGCUCCCAUUUCCCAAUACGAUGGAAUUGCAUGGUUGGAUCGAGAAGAUUUGGCUUUGAAAACAGCUCGGAGUUGGUUCGGGCUGAUUGAGGUUCCCUCUGACUUGGUGAACUGCGAUUAGAAACAUUCCAUGACAAUGAAUUACACGAAUGUUUGUUGAGCCAA